ACCGCCGCCGCCACGGGCCGGCCCGCGCGUCACCACCGCGGCUGCCGCGGCCCAGCACAGGGCACAGUGUCCGGGCCGGCUGUAACAUCUUCGUUCCACCCGCGCCGCCCGAGGAGCGGCUCCCGGAGGGACAGAGGAAUCAGCGCAACACGUCCCGCACCAUCCCCGGGAGCGAGCUGACCGCUGGCCAUGGCCGAGGGCUUAAGAGAUCUGGUGGGCACGGGCAGCGCCCGGGAGCUGCAGGAGAAACUGGAGAGCUGGCAGCAGGACUAUGAGGUUAAUUCCUCUGGUGAGAAUCUGAACCGAUGCUGUGAAAUAUUAGAACUGAACACUGCGAUUCAAAAACAACUCUUCACAAUUCUCAAUGAAACAUCUCGAGAAGAUGGUAAUAGUGAAGGUGCGGAAACAAUAAAAAACCGUCUCCUGCCACAGCUAGGGACUUGCUAUUACUGUUCUACUUCAGGAAAGACCUUUGAGAACAACCUCACUGUCACUCAGGAUUCGGUUGGGAGUGAGAUGCAGCUGAAAGAACUGGACACCACCCCUGAGACUUGUCCACUGAAAGACCUGGAGGAAAAACUGACUUCAACUCGUCUGCAGAUCAACCAGAUGGAACAAGACCUGAGCACUUCCCGUGCCGAAGAGGAGGAUGCCCUGAAGAAGUUGGAGCGUCUGAAUGACUAUGAGCAGCAAAUUCAAAUGCUGCGGGAUGAGAUUACUAUCCUGGAUGCCCAAAAGUCUGUUCUCCAGAGCAGGCUCGCACGGAGCCGCUCUCCUUACAGGCGCAGCGGGGCCAGGUCACAGCGUUCCCUUCGCCCCAAGAGCUGGUCACCCGGCCGAGCCAGGCACAUCAACGCUUCCCGUCGCGCCUGCCUGGUGGCUCGCUUUGGUUUCAUUUACGCUCAGGAACGCUUCGACGCAGAGACCCUCUUGAGGACUUACAUCAGUGACAUGGAGAUGGUGCAGAGGAUAAUAUACACCGCAGCUGUGGAAUCUUUUUAUGCAGCAAAGAUGGCCUACUGGAAGUUCAAAAUACAUGUAAAAGAGGCUCUAUCUCUAGGUCACUCGGGGCCUGAGUCACUUGAAGAUGCUGUGCUAGAUUAUAUAGUUUGCCACAAGGACGAGUAUGAUGUUUAUGCCAGUGUCAAGGAAGUAAUUCGCUCCAUGAACAUCAACCCAAAGAUUUCAUUUCCACCAGAAAUCGAUUUCAUUGUACUCAGCACUUUGAUUCAGGAGUUGUGCUGUUUGGCUUUUUCAAUGCAGACACUCGUUCCUCCUCUUGAUGUUGCCUUCGGUAUUGAUGGAGAACUUUUCAAUGAGAGCAAGUACUAUCGUAGUCCUGACUCAGAUUUCACAGCUGCCUUUGUGGCCUAUCACGUAUGGCCUGCUCUGGUGGAAGAUGGUGUCGUAAUUGUGAAGGGAGAGGUAGUCACUAAAAGAGUGUCUCUGUGCUUCCGCAGAAGUAAAAUUAGAAGCAGAAGCUGCAGCUGUAGCACCCGCCGUCUUCUGUCUAGUCACUCGUUUCGAAGCCGCAGUUUUUCACCACUGAGGAGCAGAAGGUGUUGUUAACUAAAUAUGUUCCUGUGGUUCAGUACAUCUGGAUUGAACAACUUCACUGGUGCCUAUUCUCUUCAGGAAUACCUCAAAUCUCUCAAUAAUAUGAAUGGCAAUUGUCACUUCAAAUGGAGUUUGUGUUCAGUGUGUUUUUUAGAAUUAUAGAAGGCUUAUAUGUAAUUUGAGAAACUAAUUUGACCCUUCCAAUUAAAAAAAAAGGGGCAUGCAAUACAGUAUCAUGAUCAUUUGGCAAAAUUUGCAAAACACUGAGGAACCCAUGAUGUAAUCCUGCAGGUAGAGAUUGAAUUAUUGCAUCUGGAAUGUUGUCCACAGAUUCCAAAUGAUGCAGUUUACCUUGAUAACUUUGAUUAAACUUGAUGUUUAAUAUAACCUAAAUGGCGAAUGUUGUAGAAUGUUGAGGUUAGCUGUUACUUAAAAACAAGGUAAUUAUUUGGUGCUUCUUUACAAUUUUAGAAAACAGCAAUAACCUAAGGAUGUGCAGGUCUCACACAGCAGCCUUUUAAAUAUGUCCUUUGCAUUUUCUAACUACAAUGCCAAAGUUGCACAGAACAGUUGUGGGAAGGUCUCUGGGGGUAAAAAUUAGAGGAAACUAAGUAGUUAUAUUCACAUCCUAACAGAAGUUACAAUGGUACAGAAAUUGUAGGGUAAAACGCAGCUGCUACUCCCUGGGUGGAAUGUGGUCAACAUGCUCCACGGUAACUCUCUGUACAACAAUAAGUACCUGCUACGAGGGAUGGAACAGAGGGUGGAGCGGAGUGGAGAUGCCAUGGCCUCCCUCCAUGGAAAUCCUUGUGGAGAGAGGAACAUGGCAGUACUUUGUAGCUGAUAGGACCGCAUAGCACCUGUCAACCAGGGAGAUAAAAGGAGAGGUCCUGCUGCUGAGCCAACCCCUGUGGUGAAAUCUCUCUCCCUGGAUGAAGUUGUUUCAUUAAAGCAUAAUUGUAAUAUUAAUACACACCUCCAUGCCAAAGUUAUCCACCUCCAAGGUAUGACUACUCCACCCUGGGCAUGCACCCUCUAUUUUUUUGACUGUAUCUUUAAAAGCAAAGCUUUUAAAGUCACUCAAGCUCCACCUAAACAUAAGGAAAUAGUAUAAAAGUCAGUUGAGAAUGGGGAGAAAAUCAGGGAAGACUCCACUGUGAUUGCUGAGAUCAGUCAAUGGGCUGAACCUGUCUUCUCCCCCUGUUGGGAUGCCUUUGGGUAAGAGCUAUACAUGUGCUGAAUACUUUUAUUUGGAUUAGAGCUUGCUUGUGUAUUGCAUUAAAUACAUUUUCCAGUCAGAUAUUAUCACUGGCAAUCUUCAAACCUUAACCUGUCACAAUUUUGUGUUAAUAAAAGGUGUUAUUCUGUAAGCUGUUAGAAUGGCUCCUUCACGGGCACUGACAGUUGCCAGCAGCAGGUAACACAUUCAAAUAAAGUGAGAAGACCCACUGAGGGGACUCCCUUAUGCUAUUGGCUUAGAUCCCUGAAAAGCACAGUCAAAUCACCCUCUGAUCCAGUGGGACAGUUUGCUGAAGGGUCCCCAUAACAGGAUGCUGACAGAUUGAUUUGGCACAAGGAUCUCAGCUUUCCUGGGGUGCUGACAGACAGAUCAUUAGGGGUUGAGGAAAUCUCCUGUUUUCAUGAGACAGCAGUCAUAAACUACCAAUAGUUCACCAAUCCCCAGGACUUUAUUGACAUAUAUGAAUGUGUGCAUGCUUUAGCAAGGCAGUAACAAUUCUUGUGUCCAUUAUUUCUUAGAAAUGAAUAUAAUAAAAAAAUACAGUUUGGCACUAAAAGUGUAUCUAAAGUGUUCCACAGAGUAGUUGUAGGCUUGAAAUAUUUGCCUGAGGCCUCUUCAGUAUCACACUUAUUGCACUUUGAUGCCAUGCUGAUAGAUUAGUCAUUGUUGAACAUUCAGUGAAAAAAUCCUGUCCAGUUAUCUCUU